AACUGUCCCUGGUGGUGCAGGACCAAGGAGACAGGAAUAUCACCUUGACUCAGAAUCAGGCAAAGAUGCAGCUGAACUGGAAUCUGGCACAGAAACCUGGUGACACAGUCAGUGAUCCCUGGACCAAGGCAGAUGGUAUUCUGUGCCUUCUGGGAGCAGGACCAGAGUGGAUAUGGACAUUGGGACACCACAGGCUGCAGGACAGUGGACACCAGAGACAACAGCACCACCUGCCACUGCACCCACCUCAGCAGCUUUGCCGUCCUCCUGGCGCACUACGAGGAGCUGGAAGACCAGCCGGUGCUGAACUUCAUCACCUACAUAGGGCUGAGCCUCUCCCUGCUGUGCCUCCUCCUGGCAGCCCUCACCCUCCUUCUGUGCAAGGCCAUCCAGAACACCAGCACCUCACUGCACCUGCAGCUCUCCAUCUGCCUCUUCCUGGCCCACCUCCUUUUCCUCACUGUGAUUGA